AUGUCCAGUCCACUGAUGAAUAGUAUUGUCGAUGAUUCGGGAAUCCCACGCCUUCCGGUCGACACAGAGACUAUCAAGUACAAUGAUUGGAGCAUUCAGUACACAAAAUCGCACAUCCUCAAGAGUAUUUGCACAAAUGAGAACAAAUGCAAGCUCGCGGAGGCCGAUUGCUGUGAAUUGUGCUUCUAUAAUUAUUCCCUGGAGUUGCCAAGUCUCCCGGAUAUGGUGUUCCCUAGAAAUUCCUUAACUCUGACACACUCCAGUGGGGCGGUGUUGGAAUUCAAUGCCAUGGAAGCCCUCAAGAGGGUUGUGAAUGGAAAGCUGGACAUAAAAGUGGCUUGUGCUGAGGAGUGGAAAGAGACUCGUCCAGCGGAAUGCACAGAAGUCAAGACUAAACCUUUUGACUGGACAUUUUCCACUGACUACCAGGGAAGUCCCAAUGAUAAGAUCAAAAUCGAGCCCACAGAUCUCAAAAUUGACAUUACGAAGCUGAUGAAGCGCGAGGCUAUCAUUUUCUACCAGGACAUCACGCUCUUUGAAGAUGAGCUGCACGACAACGGAAUAGCCGUGUGCUCUGUAAAGAUCAGAGUCAUGCCAUCGGGAUUUUUCAUUCUCCUUCGGUAUUUCCUGCGUGUGGACAAUGUCAUGGUUAAAAUCGUGGACACACGCUUCCAUCUAGAAGCCGGGCUCAAGUACAUCCUCAAGGAGUUCACCUUCCGAGAGGCCAAAGUCGACGAACUCAAGCACUUGCCCCCAAGCCUGUUGAUCAAUCCCAGCGAAUUAGAGAAGCACGUCCCGAUGAAAAAGCAAACAAGGGAAAAACUGACUUUCUGUGAAUGAGCGGUAAAAUUGUGAAUAAAAUUUUUAAGAUAU